UCAGGUCUAACCACCACCCUCUCCACCAGCAACAUGAGCCGUCAAUUCACAUACAAGUCAGGAGCGCCCACCAAGGGAGGCUUCAGUGGCUGCUCAGCCGUGCUCUCUGGGGGUCUAGGCAGCUCAUCUUCUUACCGGGCAGGGGGUGGCUUUGGCAGUCGAAGUCUCUAUAGCCUGAGAGGGUCCAGGAGCAUCUCUCUCAAUGUGGCUGGUGGGAGUGGGCGGAGUGGGGGCUAUGGUUUUGCUCGAGGUCGGGCCAGUGGCUUUGCUGGAAGCAUCUUUGGCAGCGUCGCCCUGGGUCCAGCGUGCCCAUCAGUGUGCCCCCCAGGAGGCAUUCACCAAGUCACCAUCAAUAAGAGCCUCUUGGCUCCACUCAAUGUGGAGCUGGACCCUGAGAUCCAGAAAGUAAGGACACAGGAGCGGGAGCAGAUCAAAGCUCUCAACAACAAGUUUGCCUCUUUCAUUGACAAGGUACGGUUCCUGGAGCAGCAGAACCAGGUGCUGGAGACCAAGUGGAACCUGCUGCAGCAGCUGGACUUGAGCAACUGCAAGAAGAACUUAGAGCCCAUUUAUGAGGGCUAUACCAACAAUCUGCAGAGACAGCUGGAGACCCUGUCAGGAGAUAGGGUGAGACUGGACUCCGAGCUGAGGAACAUGAGGGACCUGGUGGAGGACUUCAAGAAGAGGUAUGAAGAAGAAAUCAAUAAGCGGACUACAGCGGAGAAUGAGUUUGUGGUCCUCAAGAAGGAUGUAGAUGCUGCUUACACAAAUAAGGUGGAGCUGCAGGCCAAGGUGGAAUCCCUAGAUGGAGAAAUAAAAUUCCUUAAGUGCCUAUAUGAAGGAGAGAUUGCCCAGAUCCAAUCCCACAUUAGUGACACAUCUGUCAUCCUCUCCAUGGACAAUAACCGAAACCUGGACCUGGGCAGCAUCAUUGAUGAGGUCAGGAGCCAGUAUGAGGAGACUGCCAUGAAGAGCAAGACUGAGGCUGAGAACUUGUACCAGUCCAAGUUUCAGGAGCUACAGUUGGCAGCCAGCCGGCAUGGGGAUGAUCUCAAACACACCAAGAACGAGAUCUCGGAGCUGAGCCGGCUCAUCCAGAGGCUUCGCUCAGAGAUUGAGAAUGUGAAGAAGCAGUGUUCCAACUUGGAGACGGCCAUUGCAGAUGCUGAACAGAGGGGUGACUGUGCCCUGAAAGAUGCCAGGGCCAAGCUGGAUGAGCUGGAGGGUGCCCUGCACAGCGGCAAGGAGGAGCUGGCUCGCCUGCUGCGGGACUACCAGGAGCUAAUGAGUACCAAGCUUGCCCUGGACAUUGAGAUCGCUACCUACAGGAAGCUUCUGGAGGGGGAGGAGUGCAGGAUGUCUGGAGAGUACACCAACUCGGUGAGCAUCUCUGUGAUCAGCAGCACCGUGUCUGGGAAUGCCAGCACCGGGACUGGAUUUGGGCUUAGCGGUGCCAGCUCCUAUGGCUUCCGGCCCAGCUCAGUCAGUGGAGGCUAUGGGACCCUUGGUGGAGGAUGUGUCGUUGGCAGUGGGGCCUGCAGCCCGAGGGGGGAGUCCAAGACCCAACUAGGCAGUGCCAACGAAUACAAGGACACCCUUGGGAAGAUGCCUUUGGCUCUGAGCUCACCCACCAAGAAAAUGCCAAGAUAAAUAGCUUGGAGUCGGGCUGGCUUUGGAUGCUUUGAGGUUCUGUUCUCUGUCGGUCUCUCUUGCCCUUGUGCACCAACCUAAAAGAGAUGGAUCAGUCUCCCACCAUUUCCUCUUAAUCCUCUUUUCUAAGAAGUUUCUCUCCUCUAAAAUUCUCUUCUUUGCCACUGAAACCUCCUCCAUCUCUGGACUCCCUACCUUAGUCUUUCUUGCUAGAGAACCACAGACUUUUAGGACUGCAGGUUGCCUUGUCUGCCCGCUGUCUCCACCCAGAACAGCCCUGCACCAGUCCUAAAAGAAAUGCUUCCAUGUUUGUUACACCUCUGAAGACAACUCCACAGCUUGUGCCGUUGCUGCCCACCUGGGGCUGCAGAGAAAAGGAAGUCCUCCCUCAGGGGGCAAUCCCAGUACUUGCUGCAGCAGCUUCCAUCCUGCUUGUCCAUUGAGUACCCCAUUUUCCUUCCCUGAGGAAUGCCUGUUGUAAGCCCGUAGAAGUUGUGUCCUGCCCAGCCACCUCGAUUCAAUGAAAACUUCUAGAAAGUGUCUCCUAUGUGCUCUUUUUCCCUUGGCCUGGUUGGGUGGAUGGGAAAAUUCUUUUUUUUUUCUGGACUGAGGUGAAGCCCUUGAAGGAGGUAGUUUCCAGGAAGGCACGCUGACAGCAAAGUCCCUGAAUGGAGAGAGGAAGAGGGCUCAGUUGUCAACUGCAGUCCCUUUCCCAGCUGAGAAUACUACAGGACAUCAAAGGGGCAGCUCAGGAUGGUGGUGGACAGCUCUCAUAGUGGAUGGCUCUUGUGGGUGGGUUUUCUCAGAGAGGAUUGUAAACAAAAGGCCACAUGAUAUUGCACAAAUGACAUCAUGGUGUUGUUCUCUCUUUCCUGCCUGGUCUCUUUCUUCCUGUGUCUCCAAUAAA